ACCUUUCUACACAUAACCCAAACUCCGUACUACUACUACUCUUAUUAUUAUUCUCAUCAAAUUUUCAACAUGACAACACCACCUCUCCAUCAUUUCACCUUAUCUUCUUCAAAAUUUCCCAUGAUUAUUAAAAAAUAAGAGAAAAGAGAAACAAUCUUCCACAAAAUCAACUCACAGACCAGCCAGCCUCAGAUUCUUGCGAUUUGAUUUCCCAGUCAGUCUUGAAGGGUAUAUUUACUUUUGUUUCUUCUUCCAUUAAAUCUUCAUAUAUGCACCAUGAAGAUUUUCAGCCCCUCUAAAUGUUUUCUUCGGAAUGUUGUGUGUCCAUCGGACACCAUAUUCCUCGAAAAAAUCAAUCUUUUCCAUCUGGGUGUUUCCCAUCUUCACCAAUUCAGAAUGUCCAUCCUCUCUUUCAACUUGAUAUAAUUUAGUUCCAUUCACUAUUACUACAACAACAACCCCCCCUCCAACCCCACCUCACAUCUUAACCUCUCCCUCCCCCCUCUCUCUUUCACUCUCUGAUAAUGGAUCCACAACCACAACCACAAGAUGAUGAACAAAUCACACUCCCGAGAAACAUCAUCUUCGACAAGUACGAGAUGGGGCGGGUUCUGGGUCAGGGGAACUUCGCCAAGGUCUACUACGGAAGAAACUUAAUCACCAACGAGAGCGUGGCCAUAAAGGUGAUAAAGAAAGAUAAGCUAAAAAAAGAGAGGCUCGUGAAGCAGAUCAAGCGAGAGGUCUCUGUGAUGAGGCUUGUGAGACACCCUAACAUAGUUGAAUUGAAGGAAGUUAUGGCCACAAAGGGAAAGAUCUUCUUGGUCAUGGAAUACGUCAAAGGUGGUGAACUCUUCUCCAAAGUCGCAAAGGGAAAGCUUAAAGAAGACGUGGCAAGGAAAUACUUUCAACAACUCAUAAGCGCCGUUGACUUUUGCCAUAGCCGUGGCGUCACACACCGUGACCUCAAGCCUGAGAAUCUUCUAUUGGAUGAAAACGAAGACCUUAAAGUCUCUGACUUUGGUUUAUCAGCUUUGCCGGAGCAACGCCGUGCCGAUGGGAUGCUCGUGACGCCGUGCGGUACACCUGCUUAUGUUGCACCCGAGGUGUUGAAGAAAAAAGGGUAUGAUGGUUCGAAAGCUGAUAUAUGGUCAUGUGGUGUUAUUCUCUAUGCUUUGCUCUGUGGUUAUCUUCCUUUUCAAGGUGAGAAUGUGAUGAGGAUUUAUAGGAAGGCUUUCAAGGCUGAAUAUGAAUUCCCAGAUUGGAUUUCAAUGGAAGCUAAGAACUUGAUCUCUAAUUUGCUCGUUGCUGAUCCUGAAAAGAGGUUUUCUAUCCCUGAAAUCAUGCAGGAUCCUUGGUUCCAAAUUGGGUUCUUGAGACCCAUUGCGUUUUCAAUGAAGGAGUCUUCGGUUGAAGAGGACAACAUUGAUUUCAACGAGGUUGGUGGUGAUGAAGAACAUGUUCCUGAAUUGGUUGGUGCAAUGGCAAAGCCUUCUCGUCCCUUUUACAAUGCCUUUGAGAUCAUUUCCUCUUUGUCACAUGGCUUUGAUCUUAGGAACUUGUUUGAGACCAACAAGAGGUCCCCUUCUAUGUUCAUAUCAAAGUUCUCUGCUUCGGCUGUGUUGGCAAAGCUUGAGGCGGUGGCGAAGAAGCUGAAUUUUAGGAUCACGGGCAAGAAAGAGUUCACGGUUAGGAUGCAGGGGAAUAGAGAGGGGAGAAAGGGGAAACUGGCCAUGACGGUGGAGGUUUUUGAGGUGGCGCCGGAGGUGGCGGUGGUGGAGUUUAAUAAGUCUGCCGGAGACACACUGGAGUACAUUAAGUUCUGUGAGGAACAAGUUAGACCUUCCCUCCAAGACAUAGUUUGGAGCUGGCAGGGUGACAGUAAUUCUCAUCAGUAGUUGUUCUUUUUCAAUGAUUAUGAUUAUAGUUUGCUUUAAAUUACCGAGUUUCAUUUUACAAUAUGUAAAUUUGGAGUUUGUGAUGAUGAUGAUGAUGGUGUUUUGAAGUUUUAUAAUAUCAAUUAGUUAU